GCAUAAAGUAGAAAAUAAAUCAUUCUUUCUCAAUAGAUGAAAUUCUGAAUUGUGCAAAAAAAGUCAUAAAUCAACAGAUCAACGAAUACCGUGACGUGAUUCGAUCAAUAUGAGUUACUUGAUCUACUGCACAUCGGCGCUAAUAAUAUCCCUCAGUCUCUUCUAUGUAUAUGCCAAAUACAAGCUAUCUUACUGGAGCAGACGUGGUGUUAAAACUCCUCCGACACAUCUGCUCUUUGGCAAUUUCAAGGAGUGCCUCAUCUUGAAAAAACCGCCAGGUGAAGUAAUACGCGAAAUCUAUAACAGUGCUGAUCCGGACGAUCCUUACAUCGGUUUUUACAUCUUUCACAAGCCUAUGCUGCUCUUGCGAGAUCACGACCUAAUCAAACAGGUGAUGAUUACUGAUUUUGAAAUCUUUCCAAAUCGACGCUUUGGUUCAAGAAACCAGAGGGAUUUGAUUGGCCUCGACAGUAUUCUGUCUAUCAAGCAGCCUAGAUGGAGAUAUCUAAGAAGCAAAUUGACCCCUUUUUUGACCGGGCAAAAGCUGAAAAAUAUGUUACCACUGAUAGAGGAAUGUGGAGAACCUAUGUUGAGAUUCAUCGAGAACUUAUCGACAAACAAGUCUAGCCAGAAUAAUUGCGAGAUGAAGGAUUUCAGUAGUCGUUACGUGAGCGAUGUUAUUGCCUCUAUAGCAUUUGGUAUCAGGACGAAUUCAUUUGACGAAAAGAUGAACGCUUUCUGGAAAAAUGGUAUAAAAAUCUUCCAAGGCAUUAAGCGUGCCAUAACAUUUAUUAUCAUCUUCUUCAUUCCCAAAUGGUGUCCUCUAACUGAACCAUUUAUUAAGGAACCCGCGAAAUAUUUUCGCGAUAUUUUCUGGGAUUCUAUCAAUACCAGAGAAAAAAUGGGAUAUAAGAGAGGAGAUUUGAUAGAUUCUAUGUUGACGCUCAAGAAUGGAAAACAGAAUCCCAUUUACAAGUUUGAAGGCGACAAUUUAGUGGCGCAGCUGUCCAGUUUUUACAUUGCUGGAUUCGAAGCACUUUCAAAUGUAACCGCAUUCGCUCUGUAUCAUUUAGCGUGUCAUCCAGAACAUCAAGCCACUUUAUAUAACGAGAUACAAAUACAUGUGUCAGAAAAAAAAUUGAGUGUGGAUUUAAUUAAUGAAAUAUCUUUUUUGGAUUCCGUCAUAAAUGAAUCGCUGAGAUUGCAUCCUCCUCUACCCGUGGUUGAUAGAAUAGCUAUAAGAGAUUACAAGCUUCCAGGCACUGAGUUAACAAUCGAGAAGGGUGUUUCGGUAUAUGUCUCUAUAAAUGCAACGUGUCAAGAUCCUAAGUACUUUCUUAAUCCGCACGAUUUCAUUCCAUCGAGAACAGAGAUAGAGGACAAAAAGUUUUAUGAAUCUUUGGUAUUCGGCAUCGGACCCCGAUCGUGUAUAGGACAGAGAUUGGCUCUGUUAAUUAUAAAAGUGGCGUUAAUCACAAUUCUUUCGAAUUACACUCUCCACUAUGAAACGGAUAAAAAAAUUAACUUACAUGGUAAUGAUGCCAUUCACGUAUUCACGUAUGCAGCUGACGGUCUCUAUGUACAAUUUAAAAAACGUUACAAUGCGCGUGAAUAGACGGCGCGUCCGAAUGCGCUUUUAAUCAAACAUUUUACUAUUAUUUGACAUGAUAAAUUGAAAUACCAUUAAAUAUAUAAUUUUUGUAAUAUUCAUAGUUAAGUUAAAAACGUUUUAAAAGGCUAUAAAAUAUUGACUGCAAAAAAUUAAUUAAACAAUAAUAAAACUAUAAAAUUUAUUGCGCGUUAAAUAAAAUUAACUUUCACAUAACUUGUAUAACACAUAUAUUCAUCACUGAACUGAAUGAUUAUUUUCUCAAAUACUACGGCGUAUGAAUCUCCAUUGCAAAUUAUGAUCAGCAUAGUUUGUAUCGUAAUUGAACAACAUUAUAUGUACAAUCAAACAUUGUAUAAAAUAACAAAAGUGUUUCGGCAGCAGCCGCGCUUGACAUGUUUGCUUUCUCUCUUUCUCUUUCUUAUAUAUGUAUAUAUAUAUAUAUAUAUAUUCACACUACUAAAAUAUAUAUGUAUAUUACCCGCAGGAAUAACAAUUUUUUCAGAUUUAUUACUCAAUUUAAAAGAGAUAACAUUUUUUUCAAUAAUUUUUUUUAAAUAUUUUGAAAGGGCUAUCUCUGAAUCUCGGAAAUAUCUGGAAAGGACUAUUUUACUUCUCGAUUAUGAAAUAUAUAAGUCGCGGUUGGGCCAUCCUCUUUUUAUAUUUGCGAAGAAUAUUACCCCCCUCCCCCGCUGAAUAAUAUUUAUCGAAAUAAUGUUAAUUUAUUCCGUUUUUUUAAAUCAUAGUUUUGCUUAUAAUGUAGAAGAAAGAAAAAUAGAUAUAAUAGAUAGGUAUGAAUAUGCUUAUUCACACAAGUGCCUCAUAUCAUUAUACUUUAUUUGACUCUUAUUAUACAAAAUAUUACAUAUAUUACAGAGAAUUAUAUUGCAGAGAAGAUACAGAAAAUAAUAUAAAAAAUUACUAUAGAGAAGAUUGUAUUUAUAAAUGUAAAUAUACAAAAUAUGAAUAUAUCUCUUUAAAUAGCAUAACAUCUUAAAUUUGAUAUUACUAAUUUAUUGUCUUUUUGUAUGUAUGAAUAAAGAGAGUAUGAUUUCUAGUAUAUUCAGGUAACUUUAUACUUUAUAUAAAAAAUCCGUCGUAUAUAUGAUAAUUUUAAUAAUAAAGCACUUAUUAUU